AUGCCACCAUCGGCAAAGAGAGCCUCUAGGGCUCGUCGCGAACCGCGUAAAGCCGCGACUGCGACCACAGCUACUUCACCACCGGUCGAAAUCGAAGAGUCCUCGCCCAGUCGUCCAGCAAAACGUCGCAAGAAGGUUUUGGAAGACGAAGAACCCCCCGCGCCCAACGACGAUCAACUGGUAUCGCAAAUCACGCAACACCUUCGCAGCCAGGAUGUGCAAGCUAGCAAAGAUCACUCAAAUGUCAUCCACGAGGCCAAAGGCGACGGCGUCAAGGCCUACGCCAAAGUCGCUGCUCAAGAUUGGACAUUCUACAUCACAAAACUCAAUGUCAAUAUCGGCCGAGCUCCCGAAACCUCGCACAACUCGCAGCCUACCGGCUCAGAAGAGGACGAAUCCCAUAUUCACAUCGACCUGGGUCCCAGCAAGAUGGUAUCGCGCGAGCAUGCUACCAUCUCUUUCGAUUCCAAGGAUGAGAAAUGGUUUCUUCGUGUCAAAGGUCGCAAUGGUGCUAAGGUGGACAGUCAGCCCGUCAAGGCCGGCCAGUCGCACCCUCUCACCAGCGGCGAGGUUAUCGAGAUUGGAAAUGUCGAGAUGAUGUUCGUCCUGCCAUCCGAGAUCACUCCUCUAACCGUCCACCCCGUCUAUCUGCAACGCGCCGGCGUUAGCACAGAUACCCCACAGUCCCGGGCAUCACGCCGGCAGCCUCUCAUUGCGCCGGCACCCCCUGAGUAUAAGCGACCCGGAACACCACCAUCGACUCAGAAUGUCGUCAAGUCACCGGCCACAAGUACACCAGCUGUCAUGGUUGGUGCCAAUGGUGUCGAUCUGAGCCAGGAUGAGAACCAGCACAUUAAACCACAAUACAGCUACGCUCAAAUGAUAACGCAGGCUAUCUUGAAUGCGCCUGAUGGAAAGCUCAACUUGAAUGGUAUCUACAACUACAUCAUGAGCACAUAUGCGUACUAUCGUCAUCAGCAAGCUGCUGGGUGGCAGAACUCAAUCAGACACAAUCUCUCGCUCAACAAGUCAUUUGACAAAGUCGCUCGGUCGACGGAUGAGCCUGGAAAAGGCAUGAAGUGGCAGAUUGUCCCUGAAGCCAGGGAGGAGAUGGUGCGGAAUGCCUAUCGUGUCGGUCGCGGCGGUCACCGUGGAUCAUCCGCCCCAUCAUCUCCAAAUCAACUUGCCUACAUCACACAUGGCCCGAGGGACAUGGCAUCAAGAGAACCCCCCUCGGCUCGUAAGCGACGGGGCUCGCCCCCUGCUUCACCACCCCCAAAACCCUCCUUACUCAUUGCCCAGUCAACGCCUGACCGGUCCUUUGGCAGGAGUGCGACAAUGACAAUCGACGGAAGCCCUUUACCUCGCCCAAGAAAGACGCCAGCCAGGGACUCGUCGUUCUCAGGGUACAAUCCACAAUCCCCUACCUUGACUUCAUCAUAUCUGCAAGAAGACGGAGGAUCAUUUGUGACACCGGCUCCUCCUAGGAUGCAUCCCAAGCUCGCACCACCGAGCACAGCUCAACGACCAAGCCAGCACAUGCCUACCAGUUCACCAGCGCCUUUCUGGAAGUACGCAGAUAUUGGCAGUACGCCAUUGAAAUCUCGCGGUGGCUAUGACAUAAGUCCUACCAAAGCUGGGGGUGUCCUGCCCCCCCAGAGCAGCAGUCCGCCGCGCGGAGAUAAGUCUCCUUUGAGCAGCCCAUCUCGACCUCAAAAGUCAAGUCCACAACCCCUCGCUGAACCAACGGAGGCCGAGGAAGAACAAGGGUUUGAUCUGACAAAAGGAUUCCAGAGUAUCGGUUCGUACCAUGCACCGGUUGGUGGAGGUGCCUCUAUUUUGCAAGGCCACACAUAG